GGUGGUGUUAUCUAUGAGGUAUUAUUGAUCAAGUAUUAUCUAUGAGGUAUAAUUGACCAAGUAUCAUCUACCAGGUACCAUUCACUCUCCGUUCUCCGUAAUCCCAUCGGCCAACGACGACUUUUCUUUUGUUCUCGGCGUCUCAAGAGUCUCCAUUUCUCACCCCACAGCCACAUCGAUCCUGACCCUCGACUUGCGAUCCCCUUGUGCGAUGGACAAAUAGAUGGACGGAAUGGAGGUGUGCAUGUCGUGUCGUGUCGCAUGUAGGUUCAUCCCCCGAGGUCAAACCUAAUGAUGGACGGCCAAGCAUUCCGGCUUCUUUUCUCAUCCGUCGUGUUACCGCAUGCAUGGGCGUUAUUUUUUGACACAUCGUCAUCGAGAGGAUUCUUCCCACUCCCGUGUGCAAAGUUGACAAUUGCCGAUGGAUUGCGUCUCUUAUCUUUGACCUUGGAUCUUUGGUCGCUCUCGUGCCAAACCCUAUCCAAGUACCUAUCCGAGGAAGGAACCAUCAUCCUCCCCUCAUCUCCGCAUCUCCACACUUUUCUUUCUCCCUUACCCCGCUGUUCACCAAUUUUCCGGGAAGUUUCCUGCACCCCAUCCUUUGUGCAUUCAUCAUUAGUAAUAGACUCAACACACCAUCCACCCAUUGAAUUCCACCGCCCCCCCAUCCACCAUCGACCAUCGACCAUCCACCCAUUGAAUUCGUCGCGUUCCAGUUCAAUCCAAAGGAAGAUCGUCGGCACUGGAUCGUACACUCACUCUGCACAUUCCAAGAAUGGAUGCAUUCUCUUCUCUCUCUGUCCAAUGAGGCUUCGAUUCCUCCAAGAUGUCACUCUGCCCUUCUCCACUUUAUCAUUCUCCGACUCGUAUAUUACGCAUCGGCCUUGAUGUAGCUAGCCAUGACCAUGACCAUGACCAUAACCAUGACCAUAACCACAACCAUAUCCAUCAUCACGACCCCAGCCAGGAACCAGAAUCGAGAUGGCAGAGCCGGUAUCCAUAACCAAGAACCGUAGGUGAGCUUUCCCCCAAAGGUACAAAUACACUCAUUUCGCAGUCACGGAUCCCGUUCUUCCUCUCAUCCUCUCCAUCUCUUUUCUUCACCAUGUUUCUCCAUCGGGAUCUCGUACCCGUUCUUUCUCUCUGCGCGCCUUUGGUGGCGGCGAUUCCGACUGUGCGUUCUUCCUCGGCGCCGCCCAGUGUGACGGUGAAGAAUGGUUCGUACACGGGUCUUCAUAAUAGUUACUAUAAUCAAGAUUUCUUUCUGGGAAUUCCUUAUGCUCAGCCACCAAUAAAUGAUCUCCGUUUCCGUGUACCUCAAAGUCUAAAUGAAUCAUGGUCAACUUCCAAACCAGCAACAGAAUAUCCCCCAUUCUGUGUAGGAUAUGGAACAGAUGACUUUGAACAAGAAACUGAUGAAGAUUGUCUUUACUUGAACGUAAUCCGUCCAUCAUCCAUUCCACUCAAUGCAUCAUUACCGGUAGCCUUUUGGAUUCACGGUGGUGGUUUCUUUGAAGGUGGCUCCGGAGAUGCCCGUUAUAACCUAUCAUUCAUUGUGCAAAACAGUGUAGAUAUGGGUACACCUAUGAUAGGUGUCUCAGUCCAAUAUAGACUCUCUGCAUUCGGCUUUUUGGGCGGUAGUGAGAUGUUGGAAACUGGAAAUACAAAUAUAGGUUACAGAGAUCAAAGAUUGGCUUUACAAUGGGUUAAUGAAAACAUCGGAAGCUUUGGAGGAGAUAAAGAUAAGGUUACUAUUUGGGGUGAAAGUGCUGGAGCUGCUAGUGUUGGGGCUCAAGUUUUGGCUUAUAAUGGACGAGAUGAUGGUUUAUUCCGUGCCGCAAUCUCCGAAUCAGGUGGACCAGCUGUUCUCUUUUUCCCAACUGAUUACCCUGGUGUUUAUAACUCUACAACACCUCAAAGAUUCUUCACAUCCCUCGUCGCAAACACAACUUGCGCAUAUCUUCUCGGUCUCAACACUACUGCUACAGAUUCCUUGGAAUGUCUUCGUAAACUCCCCUUUUCAGAGUUAAAUGAAGUACUUAACACAACAUCUAGUAGAGGUUUCGGUCCUUUCUUCCCAUACAUCGACAACGAUUUCAUUGCCGAUUAUCCCAGCAAACAACUUUCCUCUGGAAAUUUCGUCAGAGUUCCAUACCUCAUUGGUACAAAUACCGAUGAAGGAACUGCCUUUGGAUCUGGCUAUGGACCCAAUGGUACCGGAGUCAACACCGACUCGGAAUUCUCAGACGUACUAAACAGCACCGGAUUGCUCACCGGUUCAAGUGCCAAUUUGGAGAUCCAGAAACUCUAUCCAAAUGAUCAAAGCGUCGGCAUCCCAAGUCUCGAAAUGUAUCCCGAGCUCUACACACCCGAGAACCCAUUAACAGCACAAGUUGGUCUUCAAUACCGUCGUGUCUGUGCUUAUAUGGGAGAUCUCGUCAUGCAAGCUCCUCGACGUCUUACUUCCCAUUCUUGGACUAAGUUUGGUGUCCCUGUCUAUACUUAUAGAUUUGAUGUCCUUGUAAAUGGCGUAGCAGCUUCUACCGGAGCAACCCAUUUCCAAGAGGUCGCAUUUGUUUUCAAUAACACUCAAGGACUUGGAUAUGACACUUUGGUCGCAGUCAAUCCCUUUGCCAAUGUUACCCAAAACUACUUUAGCUUGGCGCAAGAAAUGAGUCAGAGAUGGGUAGGAUUUAUUGUCCAUGGAGUUCCAAAUGGAGAGACUGGAGUGAGCUGGCCUAAUUAUGCGGGAAAUACAACGGAAGGGGAAAAGAACUUGGUUUUUAAUGUUACGGGCAGUUAUACUGAGGAUGAUACGUGGAGGAAAGAGGGAAUUGCGUAUAUUAAUGAACAUGCAUUGGAUGUUUAUGGAAUUUAAUCUGGGAGGGGGAAUUGGUAAACAUGUACCUUUUAGGGGUAGAUGGAAAUUGAAUAAUGAGAUAUGAAAUUUCUUAGGCGAUUAGAUAUUAUUUCUGCAAGAAUGAAAAUCGAUGGUAAUAAAUAUCUAAAUGAUCACCAUGCCUUUAUAAACAUCCAUAUCCAUACCCAUUUAGGUCAUAUAAAACCCAUCGAGUGAGAUCCACCCACCAACCUAGCCAUGAAUAAAUAUACACGCA